AUGGCGGUGCAGUUUGAAGCCUUCUGUGCGGGGGGCCUGGCCCCGGGCUGGAGCCUGAUGGUCCAGGGACAAGCUGACUCCAGAGAGGACAAGUUUGAGAUCAACUUCUUGUCUGAGGCGGGGGACAUCGCCUUCCACGUCAAGCCACGAUUCUCCAGUGCCACUGUGGUGGGCAAUGCCUUCGAGGGUGGCCGCUGGGGCCAGGAGGAGGUGUCCAGCAUCUUCCCACUGGCCCUGGGGGAGCCCUUUGAGAUGGAGGUGAGCUCGGACGCCGAACACUUCCACGUCUAUGCGCAGGAGCACAAGGUGCUACAGUUCCCGCACCGCCAGAGGCCACUGGCUGCCAUCACCAGGGUGCGGGUGCUGAGUGAACACCGCCUGGCCCAGGUGGAGCUGGCCAAACGGAGCCUAAGCUGGGGGUAA